AUGGGGGAGGAGCCCGCCAAGAAGGGAGCGGCCACGCCGAAGAGGAGGACCAGAACGACAAAGCGGCAACCGCCGGCUGCCGACGAUGACGGCAGUCCUUCUCAAGAGGCCCCGAUUGUGAAGCGAGCACGUGGAAGGACCGCCAAGGACCAGUCUUCAUCUAAUGAGAGGACCCGUUCCAUCGCCGCAACGGCUUCCGGAAAGACGAGAAAGGCCGCUGAGGCACCGACACCCGGCGCCGAUGCGAAUGUCCCGUCCACCAGCAAGGGACCCACGUUGCACAGGGUGAGCCGGAAGACGCGCUCGAGGAGCUCCUCCCCGAGCGACGCUCACACUGCUGCGGCCAAGGCACCGAAGCGUCGGCACCACUCGCGGAGUCGCUCCCACGGCGGCAGCAGUCAUCGCGCCAAGAGGGGCAGGAGCCGCGCGAAAUCCACGCACUCGUCCCGCAGCGGUCACGGUGGCCGCAAGCGGAAGGGCAGCCGCCGUGGAGGGUCCGCCACCACCUCGCAGAGCAGCCGCGGAACAAAGAGGAAGAGCCGCCGCCGACGCCAUUCCUCGCGCAGCACCUCUGCGGCGAGCGCGAGUACCAGGAGUGGCGGGAGACGGCGCCGCCACGCCCGUAGCGCGUGUUCGUCGUCAAGCCGCGGAGGAAAGCGGGGCAAACCAAAGAAGGCGGCGAGCAGUUCCUCGUCGAAGUCUCGUCGGGCCACGGGGACUGCUGGCAAGGCUACCAAAAGGGGCAAGCGCAAAUAA